GGUACAGGCAGUAGUAUCACGAGCAAACUACUCCUGCAGCAGGAAGUACUUUUAUCGAGACGAAGAAAAUAAAGCUGGAAUGAGCAAUGGAUACCGCAAGGAGCAACACAGGAGGUGGAAGCGCGUUCGCCAGCGAUAGUUCUACAAACCUGGCAACCGUGAUCAAAGGCCUCAAGAAAUUCGACGGAAAGGACCCAGCUGAGUUCAAGACAUGGAUGAAGAAAUUCUGCGUGGUGUUAGGCGUGACCAGGAAGGACAUCCUGUCCACUACUGAAGAAACAAAGGAAGCCAGAUCGCGCAGACACAGGGGCCUUCGACUCCUACACAAGGGCAAACGAAGAUCUCUACGCCAUUCUUUUCCUCCUAGUGGAACUUCCAGCCGCCUUGUCGAUACAGAAGCACGAAGACGACACUGGCAUCAGCGGCGACGGACAAGCUGCCUUCGAGGAGCUCCGCAACAACUAUAACAGGGUAACGGACGAGGUCAUUAGGGUCAAGAUGGAGGAGCUGGAGAACAACCCCAUGAACCCUGGUGAAAAUCCAGACGACUACUUCAACCAGAAGCACCCACUUUGCGUCCAGCUGGAUAAGAUGGGAGAACCCAUCUCCGACCGCCGCUUCAAGGACAUCUGCGUACAGGGCUUCUCCGACGAAUAUGAAGACGUCAAACUGAUGCUGUUCAGGGACCCAACCUUCAACGUCCUGGACAUGCAGUCCACCAUGCGCAACAUCUAUUUGGACGAACAAUCGCGCAAGGGAUGGAAGGGACGCAUAGCUGGUCGAGGAUUUGCCAUGGCAACGACCGCGUCUGACAUCAUCUGCCACAGCUGCUACGAGCCGGGGCACAUCAGGAGGAACUGCCCCAAGAUCAAGAACAGGGCGAAGAAGAAAACGAAGCCCGCCGGAGCUACCAAGUGGUGCUCCAAGCACAACACCACGUCUCACUCGGACGAGGAAUGCUACCAGCAANCACAAGGAGGAAAGUGCCCGGAAGACACCAAGGACUCAAGUAAAGCAUUCACCCCGUGCUCCGACUGCACUCACUGCUCGUCGACCUGCAACAAGCACGACUCAAACAAUGAAGUGACAGUUGUCGACUUCACCCGGGACGAGGACGCCUUCGACAGCGGCUUCAUGUUCGCCACGUGUUCCCGCAUCUCAGGACGCAACUUCGCCGCGAGCUCCACCGGGGUAGGACUGCUGGUAGACACGGGAGCAUCGGCGACCAUGUUUGACAAUCGCCUCAUGCCCGACGGAAACCUUCACGAUUACACUCAGCGAAACUCUCCAAAGGUCGUCGACGUGGUCGGAGAAAGCCAACUUACAGGCAAGGCCACGGGCAUCCUACCCUGCACCGUCAAGGACAAUUGCGGACAGCAAUUGCGCGUGCGGAUUCAGGGACUCGUCGUUCCGGGGCUUGGUCGCAACAUUUUUUCGCCCACCUUCCUCCUGAAGAAGGGAUUGCGCUGCGUCGUCGAAGAGAGCACUCCGCACCUCACUAUCCAAGGCAAGGUGAUUCCACUCACACAAUUAUCCGCGAGACCAAGGCAUGUGCACCCUCGACAUCACGAGGCUUGGACAUCUCAAUGCUCGGAGCCUGGACAUCCUUCGGNUUAUCCGCGAGACCAAGGCAUGUGCACCCUCGACAUCACGUUCGAGCAGAACGUCCAGCCAUCUGGCACGAAAUCCCUCGUGCCCCACCAGAAGCAGUCACAGACCCACACGGCGAACGCCGUCUGCUUUACGCUAGUGAGCGCGGACACCUGGCACAGGAGGCUUGGACAUCUCAAUGCUCGGAGCCUGGACAUCCUUCGGAAGGACACGGGUACCGGGGUGGACUAUCGCGACAGUCUCUCCCCUUGCGGGGUCUGCCAGAUCGCGAAACACAAGCAGUCCCCCCACCCGAAGCAAUCGACUCGCGAACUAUCACGGCCUGGACAGCUAAUGGUCAUCGACAACAUGGGGCCUGUUAAUCCACCUGCGAAAUAUUUAGGAGGCUCAUUCCUGUACGCGUGCAAUCACCGACGACUACACGAAGAUGAAAGAAGUGUACCAGCUUCGCAAGAAAUCUGACACGACCGAGGCGGUGCACACGUACAACAUGUGCGUCGCAGCGGCAGGAGGCUACCGGAUCGAGACCAUCCGCUGCGACAAGGGAGGCGAGAACACCGGAUCCGAAUNUACAACAUGUGGGGCGCAGCGGCAGGAGGCUACCGGAUCGAGACCAUCCGCUGCGACAAGGGAGGCGAGAACACCCGAUCCGAAUUGCAGGACUACUGCAAGAAUUCAGCUAUCAAGCUGGAAUACGCCGCCACCAACACCGCUAAAAAUUUUGGUGGAUCGGAACGGGACGGACAAACCCUGGCCGGAGUCACCCGGUGUCUUCUGAAGGAUGGAGAUUUUCCGCCGUCCAUGUGGGGGAAGUAAAUGCUGACUGCAGCACACCUGUUGAAUAGGCCCCCGCACUCAGCACUGGGGGGAGCUACGCCAUACUCGAAGCUGCACAAUUAAGUCACCUGAUCUCUCGGGACUUCGGGUCAUUGGAGCGCGUGCCUUUGUACACCACGAGCGAUACCGAAAGAAGCUGGACGACAGAGCUUUCGAAGGCAAGCUUU